AUGCGUGUCCGGGGUAGCUCCAACACCUCCGCCAUGGCGGGACAGCGGCCUCAGGGCCGGCCCGAGGGCGGGACUUCCGGUCACCUCUCGCCAACCCGGAUCGCCCUCGGCCGGAAGCAGAUCCCGCUCUUUCUCAGCCUGCCGGAAGUUCGUUCUGGUUUCCCGGUGACGACAGGCGUCCCAAAACUUCCGGGACGGCGGGAUAGCGGGCUGAGAUCCGCCCCGGAAGUGGUUCGAAGGAGGCGGGAACGCGGUCAGGCUAGGCACCGAGAGGACCAUCAGACAGGAGGCGGCCAGCCAUGUUCCACUUCUUCCGGAAGUCCACGGAGCCCAAGAAGGGGCUGGGGCCGGGGCCCGGGCCAGAGAGAGAAGCAGAUGGCUUUGUUCUUUUGGGUGACCCAGCAAACGAGCAGAGGACGUCGCCUCGAAGUAGCCCCACAGCAGAAGUGCAACAGCCUUCAGAGACGUGGGAGACCCCCCUUGCGGGAGCGCGCCAGGCUCUCGGAAGGAAGAGGCAGCCCAGAGCUUGGAGGGCUGCAGCCUCGUGGCGGAGCUGCUCAGGGAUGUGCCCUUCACCUUGGCACCGCACGUGCUGGCAGUCCAGGGCACUCUCGGCGACCUUCCGCAGCACUUGCUGAGCUCCCGGGUCAGCGACGAUCUGUCGCGGUUUUGGUACGAUUUUACUCUGGAGAAUUCCGUGCUCUGUGACCCCUAGCGAGUGGCGCCUCCUCGUAUAAAGCCGUCCCUUGCUUCGUGCUCUCGUGUGGUUCUUUCCGUCCGCAACCCGGCGCUCGUCCACGUUCGGAUUUCUCCGUGUCCUCACCCUGCUCACCUCGGAACCAGCCCCUGCCACUGGAAGGACGAGACAAGCCUGGCGAGAGAUUGUGGAAGGACGGACGGGUGUCUGCAUGCCCUGGCGCGCUUCCCCUGGACAGAUCUCAUCUUCACCCUGGCUUUGGGGAGCUUGCAGACAAGGAAGUUCUUCUCCACGUCCUCCGGCCAACAGAUGGCCAGCGGUUCAAUCUGACCCACUGAGCCCAUCUGCCAGGUUCUCUUGGGACAGCCCCAUCUCUUUCUGUCUCCGUCGGCGUCUGUCCGUCCAUCGCUCCUUCCUUCCCCUUACCGGAUUUGCUUUUUCCCGGACGUUUCCUCUGCUGCUUCCUCAUGGGACAGAGCGCUGUACUGAGAGCCGGAAAGAACCAAGUUCAAAUCUGGCCCUAGAUACUUGUUUAGCCACAUGACCCUGGGCAAGCCACUGCACUGCUGCCGGCCCCAGUUUCCCCUGUAAAAUGGGGUUAACAAAACACGUGCCUCCCCAGGUGGUUGCUUCGCAGACCUUGGAGUGCCCUAAAUGCCUCAGAUGUUACCAGGGCGACGCUACGUCUGCCCCCAGUUUUUGCACGGCUCGGCUGCUCUGUCAGCCUCUCUGGAGCGAAGGAUCGCCCGUGGCCGAGGCGUCUAACCCCCAGGAACCCCGGCUUGUUCUUUCUCAGCCCCCGGCAAGGACUCCGCCGCCAUCGCCCCGUCCACCGACGCAGAGAUGGCCGGGAUCUUCCCGGGCUUCUUGCCGGCUUAAUCAAAUGACCCAAAGCGACUCCACACAAAUGGAGCAUUUACCGCGACCAAGUGGGCUCCUCGUGGAUUGGUGUGAAUCGCCGGAAAGCCGCCUCGUCCCGUGAAACGUGAGCCCAGAUGUGGGACGUGGAGGACCCGCCUCCUCUUUAGGUCAUCGCGACAGGAGCACUCUAGAGCCAGCUCUCGCGCGGCCCUUGUCUCGGGUGCCCCCCAGAGAGCCGCCUUUACACUUGGCCCGCUCUGUGCCGCUGUCAAGUGGCGGCUGUUUGCAGAAAACGUUGCUAACUCUAUUAAAAUGAGAAUUGACACGUG